UUCUAUCCGCGGCUAAUGGAUAUAAGAAAAUAUUUUGGAAAUAAGGAUAUAAAACAAUUGUCAAACAAAAUAACAAAAAAAAAGAAGGCUUCUUUAUUAUCAAAUCAUACCUCAGAAGAUGAAGAGCCUCUGCCUCAAAUUAUGAGAAGCAGGAAAAAAAAUUUGAGUGUAAAUACUAUUUCUUCUGAAUCUGAUGAAGAAACCAAUAUGCCCAAAAAAUUGGGGAAAAAUAUUGCAAUAUACAAUAAAGAUUUAAAAAUGAUAAAAUCUAUAAAUGAUGAAAAUUGCUCUCCUAAAAAAGAUAAUAUAUCCUCCAAAGUUAAAUGUAGAAAUAUAACUGCAAAUGAAUAUUUUAAUUCAAAAUCUGCCAAUAAUAAGAGUUUAACUCAACAUAUAACCCUUGAUAUUGAAAGAGAAGAAAUUACACCUACUUUAGUUACCAAUAUUAUUCCAGAAAAUAAAUUAUUUUAUUCUUUGCUAAAAGGUAAAGAUCAAAAAGUGAACAAAAAAACUAAAGAAAGAAAUGUUGACCAAAGCAUUGCAAAAAAGGCUAAAAUUGUUAAAAAACAAAAAGCUAACAAAGAUGAAAUUGAAAUGUUAGAGGAAAUUCAUAAAAGUUCAACAAGAAAUUCAAAGCCUUUCACCCAUGACAACUUGGAGAAUGAUGAAAAAACGGUUGCCAAAAAAAGUGCAUACAAUGCAUUUAAACAAAGAGAAGGACCAAAGGCUUUGGGCUUAAGAGAGAUACCAGAGGGCCAGGAGAAUUGUUUUGAAGGCCUAAUAUUUGUUGUAACUGGCAUAUUGGAAAGCUUGGAGAGGGACAAAUGCAAAGAAAUCAUAGAGAUCCAUGGGGGUAAAUUGACCCUAUCCAUCUCGAGGAAGACCGAUUACAUGGUUGUUGGAAGGGAACCAGGUCCCGCGAAAAUUGAGAAGGCAAAAACUUGUAAAGUCAAACAGAUAAACGAGGAUCAAUUUUUCGAACUUUUAAAGACCUUACCCGGUAAAGAAUCUAAAUACCUUAUUUACGACCCCGAAAAUGAGACAAACAAGAUAGAUCAAAAAGUUUCGCAGGCAAAUGAGAAUGCCAAACUGAGUAAUAAAGGUAAGAGGACAUCAUUCGAUGCCACACUAAGUGCAAAAGCUGGGGACAUCGGGAAAUAUAACGGGAAGAAAGUCACUUGGAAAAUGAACAUUGAAGAUGAUGACAUCGAAUACAUAGAACAAAUAAACGCAAAAAAGCCAACCUCUGUCAAAAAGCAGAAAUUAAGUGAUCAGGAUAUUGUUAAAAAACCUCACGGUACUAUCAUUAAAAAUCUCGCCAAAAAUGAAUCCGAUAAGCAAGUCGAAAAGGUCGACAUUGACAAAACUUACAUGUGGGUAGAUAAAUACAAACCUAAAUGUACUCGGGACAUCAUAGGGCAACAAGGGGAUAAAAGUAGUUUAAAUAAAUUAAUGCAAUGGCUCGGGGAUUGGUUCUACAACCAUGGUAGUCAACAAAGUACCGAUAAUAAAGGAAAACAAAUAAAAUCUGCUAAAAAAGGAUACAAUCAACAAGAAAAUUCUGACUUUAAAGCUGCAUUGCUCUCUGGGCCUCCUGGUGUUGGUAAAACAACGACAGCUAUAUUAACUAGCAAAGAAUUAGGUUUUACUUAUUCGGAAUUAAAUGCCUCCAACAUUCGUUCAAAGAAAUGCUUAAAAAACCUCUUUUCGGAUAGCUUGACCUCUUACAAUAUGCCCAAUUUUUUGCAAGGAAAUCAUUCAAAAUUUAAAAAUCAUGUUUUGAUAAUGGAUGAAGUUGACGGUAUGGCCGGUAACGAGGAUCGAGGCGGAAUUCAAGAACUUAUAGCGCUCAUUAAGACCACUAAGAUGCCUAUAAUUUGCAUAUGCAAUCAAAGAGGUGACCCAAAAAUGAGAAUGUUAGUCAAUUAUUGUUACGAUCUACGAUUUUCAAAACCCCGACCAGAACAAAUCAAAGAAGCCAUGCUUAAAUUGCUUUACAACGAAAAAGUGACGAUAGAACCCGCCAUAGUUCAAAGAGUUAUUCAAGCUUGCAAUAGUGACAUUCGUCAGAUAAUUCAUAGUCUUAGUUUAUUCAGUGCUGACAGCAAAAGUCUUAAAUAUGCCGAUCUAGGCUCAGAAAUUAAAACCAUGAAAAAAGAUAUCAAACUGGAUGAUUUUGAGAUAACCCGAACCAUGUUUUCUGCCGAGUCUUCAGCUGAUACUGAUGUACUUAGGAAAAAGGCCGACCUAUUUUUUAUGGAUUAUACCAUGGUUCCUUUGUUCAUUCAGGAUAAUUAUCUUACUGUUCAAUCAUUCGCUGCUAAUAAAGACAACGAUGCUCAAAUGCUACUUAUAUCGCAAAGCGCGGAUUUUAUAAGCGAUGGAGACUUGAUGACUCAAACUAUCCAAAAAACAAAUAAUUGGAGUUUAUUGCCUUUAGUGGCUCUCAGCUCUGCCGUGGCUCCUGGGGAGAUAAUGAAAGGCUAUUUUGGAGGUAUGAUAAAUUUCCCAAAGUUUUUUGGUAAGAAUUCGAAGAAAACCAAAUUUCAACGUAUGCUCAAAGAGCUCAAGACUCACAUGAUGCUUAGAACUUACAGCGACUGGUUAAGUAUAAAUUUAGAUUAUAUGAACUCUCUUAAAAACAGUCUUUCACUUCCUCUCCUCUCUAACGCUACUAAUAAUAAUAUCGAAGACCAUUUGAGUGUCGAUGAUGGAAUAGAUAGAGUAAUAUCCACCAUGCAUUAUUACUACUUACUUAAAGACGAUCUAGACAACAUUGUUGAAAUGUCGAAAUGGGAAAGUAAAACACAACCUUGUCAGGGAAAGAAGGGACAGAUUAUAAAAGACACAUUUUCACUCAUCAAUCCUAAAGUAAAAGCUGCCCUAACGCGAGCUUAUAAUAAACGUUCUUUCCGGAUUCCUUAUGUGCUUGAGCAUACGUCUGAUUUUGUUAUUAAAAGAAAGUCUGGGCGAAGUAAAUCUAAAGCCUCCAAGAAAAUAUCUUUGGAUAACGAAGAAAUAUUUUUGGAAGAUGGGAAUAAUACGAACGUAAAUGAAGAGAGUGGCACAGAAGGAAGUGGCGGAAGUGAUAAAGAAGACCCCGAUUUUGAUAUAGUUGAUGAUAAAAUGAUUAAGAAAAAAACUACCAUCAAAAAACAAAGUUCAAAAGCCAAAAAGAAAUAGAGUUUAUUAGUAAAGCUUAUUCGAAUUUUUUUAUGUAAAUUUGUAAUAUAGUAUUAUUUAUGUCAAAAUAAUUAUUUGUACACCAAUUAAUUUUACAAAAUAAAAACGUCG